AUGAAUCACAUUUUCUUUAUCGGCCAAAUCAUUGGCGUCUUCUCCAUCUCGGCCAUCAUGAUCUUCCUCCUCUCCAAGCUGGUAUGCCGCCAGCCCAGCGUCAUGCUGGACGGUUACGGCUACGGGGUGCUGAUAACGGGAUGUGACAGUGGCUUCGGCCACCAGCUGGCUCGAUGUCUGGAUCGGAAGGGGUUUGUGGUCUUUGCCGGGUGUUUGUGUCCAGAGGGGGCAGGAGCUCAAAUCCUGCUGAGCACAAGCUCCAAAAAUCUGAAAAUCCUCAAACUAGACAUCACCAGUGAUGAAGACGUGCAGCAGGCAAAGAAGAUUGUGAUGAAGAACUUACCAGAGAAAGGCUUGUGGGCAGUUGUGAACAAUGCCGGGAUUUCCGACUGGGCCGAGAUUGAAUGGAGCACCAUUGAAGAUUUUCACAAAAUGGUUGACAUCAACCUUUUCGGCUGCAUCAGGACCUCCAUUGAAUUCCUUCCUCUGGUUCGUGCCACCAAAGGUCGGAUGGUUUUUAUGUCCAGCAUCUUUGCCUUCUUCAACUGCCUGAACAUGGGAGCGUACAGUGUGUCAAAAAGGGGAUUGGAGGCGUUUGCAGAUUGCUUGAGGGUUGAAAUGGCCAGUUUUGGCGUGAAGGUCAGCAUCAUCCAGCCUGGUAAUUUCGGCCAAGCCACCAAUAUCGUGAAGAUGAAAACAGCCCACGACAUCUGGGAGAAAUUAGACGACGACCGGAAGCAGCGGUUCAACCAGCAGUACAUCAAGAUCGCCAAUGAGUACUUCCUGUCCACGUGUAAGGGCGGAUUCAAAAAUGCUGACCUCGUCAUCGACGCCAUGCUGCAUGCCGUUACAUCGACUAAGCCUAAAUACCGAUACCUGCUGGUGUCACAGAUGGAUAUGUGUUUCUUCAAGCUCUUCCCUUUCCUCCCCACCAUCGUCACUGAUUCUGUUUUUACUCUCAGCUCCAUGUAUACAAAGAGAAAACAAAUGCUUUAUGCCAAAUAG